UGCACUGCCUCUCUCACGCCCCAGCAGGAGUUUAUUCAACUCCAGCUGCCACAAAGCACAAGAGCUGGAAAUGGACGCAGUGAGAGGGCACAACAGGGUUGAUCAGAUUGCAGCGCUCGGAUCAUUUCACGUGGGAUUUUGAUGCCGUCGGCAAAAUGCACCCCAGAGCCAAGUCGAGGAGUUGUGACAACUACCUGUGUAUUAAGGACGCUGAAUCUUUGGACAGUUGUAUCCAAAGCACCUUGUCGGCCUUGUACCGACCUUUCAACGCCACCGCCGCCACCGUCCUGUGGCAGCUUUUCAGCGUGGUGGAAAGACAGUACCGCGGAGACGGUCUCCGCUGCUUCAUCGAUUUCUUGCUUCCCGCCAAGAGGAUUCUUCACAUCAUCCAACGAGAAACUUGCUUAAGGUUCCGCGGACUGCUGCUCUACAAUGAAGGCUGGCCUCUGUGCAUUCACGACAAAGUGGUCCUGCAGUUGUCGCCCUUGCACAAAGUCAGACUAAAGCAAGGAGACUUCUACCUCCAAAUUGUCCCGUUAGGCCGCAAGGCCGCCAAGCUCGCGAUAAAAUGCUUGUCGGCCAGCGGGCAAGCUAUCGCGGAGAUCCCCGUGGCGGAGAGCAUGUACGGCAGCAUCUUCACCGCUGAGUUCCUCCAGAAUGUAACGCUCGAACGGAACCUGCACCCGCUCCAGAACUGUCUGCUCACAACCGGCAAAUCCGUGUACAGGACCCCGUGGAAGAACGUGGUCAACCCUCUGUUUGUCAGCAGCACGGCGGAAGCCAUCAUGCAAGCGCAGUGCAGCAGGGUGGGCUUCCGCGGACAACUCAGCGCCUGCAGCACGAGCGGAUCCACGGGAACCCUGGACAGCCAUCGCAGCUCCCGAGAGUCCCUCCAUUCUCAAGGAGCCGACUCCACUUUUUCGGAACCGACCUCGCCGAGCAGAAACCGCACGGAGACCGGCGGCGAUAGCCAUAGCAUGACUCGAGAAGACAUAACAACUCCCAUUAUUAAGAUCACCCCCACCGAAGAGCGUGGGACGGAACACAGAGGGGAAGACAGCGGUGGGAGAGAAAGAGGACCAACAUCUAAGAUGCUCUCGUUCAGCACAGACCUCAGCAAUCCCAGCCCUCGUAGACGUCAGCCGAGAGACUCGGUGGCUUUUGAAAGCAGAAGACUUUUCAGGAAAUCCUACAUGGAAGCCCUGCAGAACCCCAUGAGCCUCGGCUCCAGCACUGAGUCCAUCCUGGAAGAAAGUCCGGAGCACGGGAGCCUCAGGGAAGGUUCCGUCACACCGGGCAGCAGCCCGGAUACUCGCGCUUCUUCUCGAGAACAUUUAGCCCGCAGGUUGGGGAGUCGGGCUUGGCUCAGUGGGGACGAUUCCAGGCCCAGCACACCUUUGCAUUAUUUACAGAAGGGACUACGGAGUGCGGAAAGACGGGCCGAACGCCGUUCAAAGUCGUUGGAGAGGACUAACAAAGCUGGCCAGGGUAAAGCUCACCGGGAGAGGUCUUCUUCCGGCGGCUCGGCGAGCAUCUCCACCAAAAAGCUGAUGAAUGGAUAUGUGCUUCGCUUUGGGAAGUUGGAAGUGGAGGCCUCGCUUCCUGGUUGCGAAAAGAGGAGCAGUAAAGAAGUAGCGGGGCAGCAGGAGGACAGCGGCGAUGACAGGAAGUCGAGACUUGCAGAGGACGAGUCCAACAGCCCCAAAAGAGCCAAUGGGUUGGGGUCAUGGUCAAGCUCCUCCAAUGAUAGUAACUUGUCCCUCCCUAAACGGAUGUCAGAGGUCAAUCAGGAACUGCUGGCAUCCGGUGCUGUUAUUUUGCCAGGAAGCAGAGAUCGUGGUGGGAGGGCGGUAUUGCAGGUGUGCACCAGAGCUCAGGUGUGGGCAGGCGAAAGUUGCUCGGUGCACGACCUCAGCAGCUUAAUGGUCUACCUCCACUCCACACUGCGGAAAGAAAAACGUGAUGAAGGUCUGACAGUUGUGAUAGACAGCAGAAGGCAACCGCCUGUUCCAGCUCUCUUGUCAUCACUGUCUGAAUUUCAGACACUGGUACCAAAUGCACUUUACUCGGUUCUUUUCCUGGCGGACAAGGAGGCAGCAACCAAACCUGAAAGAGACAUUGUAAACAUCCAGACUGAAACAUUGUCAUCGUUGAAGGCCCUGCUGAAGCACGUUGAAGCAAAUCAGCUCACGCGUGACCUUGAGGGAACCUUUCAAUACGACCACAACCACUGGAUGUUCUUCAGACAGAAAAUCGAGCCAUUUGCCAGUAGCUGCAGCGAAGCCAUCGCUUCCCUCCAGGAGUCCAUCACCACGUUAAGUGACAGUGGCAACCUCAAGACAUCUCAGGAGGUGUCUCAGAUGAUGGAGCAGCAGAAGCAUCUGAUGAAGUGCGUGCUGAAUGACAGCCAUCUAAAUAGGUUACGUCUGGAAGGGGGCACCAUCCUCGCACGCAUCAGGAAGGAAGAGGCCUGUGAUAACGAAAGUUACAGGGAUGCUGUCGAUAUGUUGAGUGCGCUGUACAACCAAGUGGACGAAGAGGUCCAUGAGCUUGUCAUUCUGUCCAAUAAGUCACAGAAGGACUUGGAAAGUCUCCUGGAGGUGCGCAGGUUUGAGGAACAGACACAACAGGUCAAACUGUGGUUCGAUGUGGAGGGAGAUAAACAUCUCACACCUUUAGGAUCACUCUCUUUGACUGUCAACAACAUAAAAGACAUGAAGGAGAGCUUGGACCAAUUUCUAAAAGAGUCAGUGCACCAGCAGAGGCAUGCCCUGAAGAUGGUGAAAGACUCUCCGCAGUCUCUUCCUGGUUCCGUUUCCUCGGAAUUCAAGCAACAUCUUGCCUCCAUCCUGAGCAGAGUGGAGAAGAGGAAGACACACCUGGACGUACUGGGAAACCUUUAUGAAUUUUAUGACUCUGUAAACCAAUGGCAGGAGCACUGCCAGGACUACGUCAGUCACCUCAACACUUCAGGUGAAGCUCUUUCACCCACCGUGGUCCCGACCCUGCGGGAUUACUGCGCCGAGGCCUGCAAGUUCUCCAUGGACAACUUCAGCCCACUCAAUGAUAUGGUGCUCUCCCUGGAGUGUCCUCAGCAAGUCCAGCAGUGGAACGUGGUGUGGCGAAAAUGUCAGCAGACCAAGCAGCAACUGGAAGACACAUUAGCCCGAGCCACGAGAGCAUCUUCAGACUCCAUUUCCUCGGAAUUUACGGAUGUUUUCAAGCCCGCGGAGAUCCAAAUUGGUGUAGCGGACAAUAGCGGGGGAGGACGUCAAUGCGAAGGUUCUUCUUGUUCCAGCAGGACCGUUACGCCACUCGCUGUGGAGAACUCCAAACCGCAUUCCGAUGAGCCUUUCUCCAAAAGCCCCUCGGGUUCCAUCUCGUCCUCCUCACGCUUCACUUUCCCGCCCGACAUCAAAAUGAGCCCGUCGAUGUUUGACGACACAGACAGCGACUGUACCAUCGACUCCUCUAUCUCGUGCCACUCGGAGCCCAUCUUCUCCGCGGCUUCCCGCCUCCGCAAGUCACCCAUGAAGAAGAUCAUGAAGAAGACCAUGAGCUACGAGCUGACGCCGAGGGACGGCGGACAUUCGGACUCCAGCCACGUGCAUGGUUACACGGGGGUGUACAUCAAAGGUUUGGAGGUUGCCAAUAACGUAUCUGCAGAGAAGAUGCUCCAGAGACCCGAUGUCACGAGUCCAGCGUUAGGACGAAGUCGCAGCAUGUCGACGCCCUCCAGAAUCCAUAUCAGGCACAAUGAAGGAGAUGGCAAGAAACAGAGCAGUAAAAUGCAGCACAUCAUGGACGAGAUGAUCUCCACCGAGAGAGAGUACGUUCGUUCUCUCAGCUACGUGAUUGAGCAUUAUUUCCCCGAGAUGGAGCGUCUGGAUCUGCCCCAGGACCUGCGCGGCAAACGCAGCAUCAUUUUCGGCAACGUGGAGAAGCUGUGGGACUUUCACAGCCAGUACUUCCUUAAAGAUCUAGAAGCUCGCGCCCACUCCCCGCUGUCCAUCAGCAGCUGCUUUCUCCGACAUGAGGAUCAGUUUGGAAUGUAUGCCCUGUACAGCAAGAAUAAACCCCGCUCCGACUCCCUGCUCAGCAGCCAUGGGAACGAAUUCUUUAAGAAUAAACAGCUGGAUCUGGGGGACAAGAUGGACUUGGCAUCCUACCUGCUGAAGCCCAUCCAGAGGAUGAGUAAAUAUGCCCUGCUGCUGAAGGACCUCAUCAAGGAGUGCGGCCAGUCACAAGCGCAAGAGCUGAGUGACCUUCGCACCGCCGAGGAGAUGGUCAAGUUCCAGCUUCGCCAUGGUAACGACCUGCUGGCCAUGGACGCCAUUCGGGGAUGUGACGUGAACCUAAAGGAACAAGGUCAACUUCGCUGCCAAGAUGAGUUCAUCGUCUGGUGCGGACGAAGGAAGUACCUCCGCCACGUCUUCUUGUUUGAAGACCUCAUCCUCUUCAGCAAGACCAAAAAGAUAGAAGGAGGAUAUGACAUUUACAUCUACAAACAAUCCUACAAAACAGCAGAGAUUGGUAUGACUGAAAAUGUUGGCGAUAGCGGCCUGCGCUUUGAGAUUUGGUUCCGCCGAAGGAAAUCCCAAGACACGUUUAUCCUACAAGCAAGCUCUGUGGAGAUCAAGGCGGUGUGGACUUCCAUCAUAGGGAAGAUCCUGUGGAGGCAGGCGUUACGAAACAGGGAGUUGCGGAUUCAGGAGAUGGUCUCAAUGGGCAUUGGGAGCAAGCCUUUCAUGGACAUUAAGCCCAGUGAUGCAGCCAUCAAUGACAGAGCCAUCGACUAUAUCAUGAAGGGGUCUGAAUGUAGGACAAGGGCCUCCAUAGCGGUACCCUCGUACGAAUACUCGGCUUCCAUCAAGAGACCCCACUCCACCAUCUCCAACAGCAGCACGUCGUCCUCGGGCAGCCAAUCGUCAUCCUCCUUGCUGGGCUCGCUCAACCUCCACCUGUACUCUUCGCCCUCGCACCUUCACGCUCAUCCUUACCCGCUGGCCAGCAUUCCCUCCUUCACCCAGUGGCCUUACGACUGCAUCGAGGAAGACGAGCUGGAGCACGACUCCGGGAGCCAGCCCUCCAUGCUCACGGAAAGUUCCGAGACGUCGUCCCAGUGCACUUCCAAUGACAGCAUGAGCGGCCUGAGCACCCUCACCUUACCCGGGCCCCCCGACGGGCUCCUGGACUCGUACAACAACAACAACAACAAUGAGGACUCCUCCUCUUUCCUGUGCUCCUCCGUGGGGCCUUCCUCCGUGCAGGCCUCCUCCCUCUUCUCCAAAAGUGAAGACCUCCAACCGCAGAACAACAAAUUCAUCACAGCAAGCCAGUCUUCUCAUAUAGUAGCCGUAGGCCUGUCGACAGUGGUGUGACUUAACGCUUAGCUCACUGUGAAGUCCCGACAAAGAGCAAAAUUCCAACAAAGAUGUGAUUUCGAGUUUGAUCCAAAUGAAUUGGAGAAAAAAAAAGACAUUACCGUGAUGGUACUCAUAUGGUUUGUAACAUUUCCUGAACAGUAAGCAUCUCUGUUUAUAUUGUAGAUGGUUUUCUUUUUUUGUCGUUGUUAUUGUUGUGUAAUUUACAAAUAGCUGGCAGACCAAUGCAGAAAAAAAACAGGUUAUUCCUUUUGUUUGCUGUCCAGCAUUUUGAGACUUGUACAGAUGAUUAAAAAAAAGUUUGUAUGAAAAAAAA